UAGCCUAGCCAUUUUAGCGGAAGUGGCUAGACAAGGAGUGCGUUCGCAGCACCACAUGUUUGUUUUUGGAUUUGGAAACGAUUGAACUGACUUUCUUCUGCAAAAUCAGCUGUCGAAAGGAUUUCCAGGCUGCGAAGUUGAAGGUGAAGGCCGAGGUGAAGUCCAGUGUUUCGUGUGUAGAAAUGGCAGCAGAGCAAACAGCUUGUGCUGAAUAAUUUUAGCGUUUAUCCCAUUUCGCCCAUCGAAUUCAUAGAAAGUUUUCAAAAGUGCUGUUUCAAUGAGUCACCAUGCACCACCCUCGACCUCGGCCGCAGAGCUUUUUGCAGGCCCUGACUCUGGAGGAGAUGAUGCCGCCUCCGUUCGUAGCUUGCAGGAGUUGAGUCAGUCUAACGCCAGGCGAGUUACGUUCAAUGACCCUGAAGCCAACAAACAUUUCUCAUCCAAUCGAAUCAGCACUGGAAAGUACAACUUCAUCACCUUCAUCCCCAAGUUCCUCUUUGAACAGUUCAAGCGCUAUAGCAAUCUCUUCUUUCUUCUAAUUGCUGUAAUCCAGCAAAUUCCUGAUGUGUCUCCAACGGGUCGAUACACCACCAUCAUACCUCUAGCGGUUAUCCUUGGUAUCUCGGCCGUCAAGGAACUCUUUGAGGACUAUAGGCGACAUCGUGCUGAUGAUCUUGUCAACCAUAGCUUAGUGAAAGUGUUACGUGAUACGUUCAUCUCACUGCCAUGGGAAGAAGUGCAAUGUGGGGACGUUGUAAAGGUGACCAAUGGUCAAUUCUUCCCAGCGGAUCUUAUUUUGCUGUCGUCAAGGUACAGUUGCAAUGAAGAACGUUUUUUUGUUUUUGUUUUGAACUACAUGGCAAUCCAACUGCUAUGUACAGCUGAAGUGCCCCCUUCUCAGCCACCUCAGUCCGAAAUAUUCAUGCUCACUCAACUUUCAAAUGCGCUUUUCCCGACACUGCGCAAAUUGCCAAAACUACACACACAUAAUUAUACAUGUACCACCGUCUCCAGAUCGGGCUGCUCAGAUAUAUCGUGGAUUCGAUGCUUGGUCCCUUUUGUAGCACAAGGGACCACGAAAACACACACAUAUGCCUCUACAAUGAAAAAAGUCCACAAAAGGAUGGAGAUCCUCAAAA